GCGGGGGACGGGGCGGGCAGAGCCCGCGGGACCGUCCUGCCGCCGCCACCGGCCGGGCGCUGCCGUCCCCGCCGGGCACCGGGAGCUCCUCAGCGGCUCCGUAAACUACAUGGGAAAUAGCCCAAAGUGUGCAAAAAGCAGCUGAGAGGGUGGCAGCAGCUCUGCUUGCACCAUGGCCGAGCCAAAGUCUGUGUGUGUUUCUGUGGACGAGGUGGUCUCCAAUGGCACGGACACCCAGGACAUCCGGCUCUUCAAUGGACACUUAAAAAAAGUGGACAAUGCUCUGACAGAAGCUCACAGGUUCUCCUACCUGCCCCGCAGGCCAGCUGUGAACAUUGAGUUUAAAGAACUGUCCUACUCUAUCCAGGAAGGGCCGUGGUGGAGAAAGAAAGGUUAUAAGACCCUUUUGAAAGGAAUUUCAGGGAAGUUCAGCAGUGGAGAACUUGUUGCAAUUAUGGGACCUUCAGGAGCUGGGAAGUCAACGCUUAUGAAUAUUCUGGCAGGAUACAGAGAGACGGGAAUGAAAGGAGAAAUCCUCAUCAACGGGCAGCCCCGCGACCUGCGCUCCUUCCGCAAGGUCUCCUGCUACAUCAUGCAGGAUGACAUGCUCCUUCCUCACCUCACUGUCCAGGAGGCUAUGAUGGUAUCUGCUCAUCUGAAACUUCAAGAGAAAGAUGAAGGGAGGAGAGAAAUGGUGAAGGAAAUCCUGACAGCCCUUGGUUUGCUGACGUGUGCCAACACCAGGACUGGGAGUCUCUCUGGAGGCCAGAGGAAACGCCUUGCCAUUGCUUUGGAGCUGGUGAACAACCCCCCUGUCAUGUUCUUCGAUGAACCAACCAGUGGCUUGGAUAGUGCAUCGUGUUUUCAGGUGGUCUCUCUGAUGAAGGCUUUGGCCCAGGGGGGCAGAUCCAUCAUCUGCACAAUUCACCAGCCCAGUGCAAAACUGUUUGAGCUCUUUGACCAGCUCUAUGUUCUAAGUCAAGGUCAGUGCAUUUACCGUGGGAAGGUAACAAACCUUGUCCCUUACUUGAGAGAUUUGGGGCUGAAUUGUCCAACCUACCACAACCCAGCAGAUUUUGUGAUGGAGGUGGCCUCGGGCGAGUACGGGGACCAGAGCAGCCGCCUGGUCAGGGCUGUCAGGGAGAGGAUUUGUGACACAGACUACAAGAGAGACGUGCCUGGGGAGAAUGAGCUGAACCCCUUCCUCUGGCACCGGCCCUCUGAAGAGGACUCCUCCUCCACAGAAGGGUGCCACAGCUUCUCUGCCAGCUGCCUAACCCAGUUCUGCAUCCUCUUCAAAAGAACAUUCCUCACCAUCAUGAGGGACUCGGUCCUGACACACCUGAGGAUCACCUCACACAUUGGCAUCGGGCUGCUCAUCGGACUGCUCUACCUGGGCAUUGGCAAUGAGGCCAAGAAAGUGCUCAGCAACUCGGGGUUCCUCUUUUUCUCCAUGCUGUUCCUCAUGUUCGCCGCGCUCAUGCCGACCGUGCUCACCUUUCCCCUUGAGAUGGGAGUAUUUCUCAGAGAGCAUCUGAACUACUGGUACAGCCUGAAAGCCUAUUACCUCGCCAAGACCAUGGCUGAUGUUCCUUUUCAGAUCAUGUUCCCUGUGGCUUACUGCAGCAUUGUGUACUGGAUGACCUCCCAGCCCUCCGACGCGCUCCGCUUCGUCCUCUUCGCAGCCCUGGGCACCAUGACAUCCCUGGUGGCUCAGUCACUGGGCCUGCUCAUUGGUGCAGCCUCCACAUCCCUCCAGGUGGCAACUUUUGUGGGCCCAGUUACUGCCAUCCCAGUCCUGCUGUUCUCUGGGUUUUUUGUCAGCUUUGACACCAUCCCAACAUACCUCCAGUGGAUGUCCUACAUUUCCUAUGUCAGAUACGGCUUCGAAGGAGUCAUCCUCUCCAUCUACGGGCUGGAUCGAGAAGAUCUGCAUUGUGACAAAGAUGACACCUGCCACUUCCAAAAAUCAGAGGCCAUCCUGAAAGAACUGGAUGUAGAAAAUGCCAAACUUUACCUGGACUUCAUUGUUCUUGGGAUUUUCUUCUUCUCCCUGCGCCUGAUUGCCUAUUUUGUGCUCAGAUACAAAAUCCGGGCGGAGAGGUAAAGGAAAAGCAGCUGAACCGAGGCAGUAGGAGAACUUUAGACAUGCAAUAGAGGGCACUUGACAUUGUCUCACUGUGGCAGGCUGGUCCCCAGUGGCCAGCCAGAUGCUGUCCUGACCGAGCCCAUGGAGAGCCACAAUGGGAUAGUGGACAUACAGUGUUAAGCCAAUCAGUCCAGUUGGGUUGGGUCAUGUUUUCAUUACACUUUCUAGCUUUAACUAGGAAGAAGAACUAGAAGGGAAUUUUAAACCACAGAAUAUCAAUACCGAGGCAGUGUAACUGUAACAAGGAACCUGGCUGCAGGAGCUUUCCUUAUCAAAACCAAUUUUGGGAUAAGGUCACCAGGAUCUCAUCCUGGUGGCCGGAAUAGUGUAAUGUCAUCUCUAGUUGACAAGCUAGUGAAAUGCAAAAAUGAGGAAUGCAAAGAAAAUAGGAUUCUCUCAUCUUUUUAAAUUUCAUCUUUGCAGUUUUCUAUGUAUUAUUUUGCAAUUCUUUUCCACAGAAUUAUCCCUUCUGGCUAAAAGUCUGUAAAUGUAUUAAUAAGGUAAAGAUAUCUUUUUAAUAUGGAUACUUUUUUAAAAGAAACCUAAAGUGAUUCAAGUAAUUAUUUUUGUUUCUGUCUGAAUUUAGAAUUCUGGUGCUUUACUUGUCGAGCUGGUCUCAUAUCUGAAAACUGUAAUGAUAGGAGGAAAAGGCAGAUUCUGAAUCUGCACUAAACCUGUGGUCCCAUUUGGAAGCAGCACUGGAUAGCACAUGCAGUUAGACAUGGUCAAGCUGUCACUGAAUGGUUGAAAAAAAUAUUCUUUUGCAGUGUCAUUAAAUCCUUAGUGUUUGUGAUAUUUUGAGAUACUGGCUCUGUUCAUUAUCUGUUUGAUCUACCUCCUGCAACUGAAAAAAAUCAAAGCACUCCAAGGCUUAUUUUUAAUUAAAUUGUGAAAGCAGGAUCUGUCCCUAAAGUGAUUGUUAAAGGAGUGCAAGAGCUGUCCACAGAUCAAAGCUUGGGCUGCUGUGUUAAAACACCUGUGACUGCCUCACCCAGAGGUGUUCAUUGUAUCUGCAACACACUCUGUGUGGGACUCUCCCAAAAACACACAAAUGACCUUGUGACACUGCAGCUCUAAUUGUGCCAGGCAGUUUUGUUCUCAUCCCUAAGUCUGUAUGCACAACAUGAGAAUCAGUCGGUCUGAACACCAAUGAAACUGUUAUUUUGGGUAUCUCACCUCUGUAAAUUUGGCAGGGGGAAUUCUGGUUCUAAGCUGAUGUGAAUUUUCUCACCGAUUUUCAUGGGUUUGGAUUUUCAACCCAAAAUGAACCCACCAUCCUCACGCUGGACACCUUGGUGAGCUUUGCUGCAAAUUGCAGGGCCUUCUGCCUUGACUGUGAAUUUAUCUGGGUGUCCCAGCCCCCUAAGUGAGGCCUGCACAUUCUGUAAAUGCAUUAUUCCCAUCAGGAUGCUGACCUCUUGCAGGUAGCUCAAUGUCAGCAAACCCUUGAGGAGCCCAGCAGCUCAUGGCAGCAGGGUAGAUAAGAGGGACCUGAUGCAUCUUCUGCCCCCCAGCAGUCAAAAAUUCACAAACUUUUCCAAGACUCCGUGGCUGUGUCUAUCCUAGUGAAAUAAAUAGUGCCAGGUCCAGCUCUGUUAGUCCUCAAACAGCUGGGGCUAACAGGAAUGGCCCCUGAACUGACUUUUACACAGCCCAAACACUGUCUGCAAAAGCUCUGGCCGUGCUGGGCUGCAGCUCUGCCAUUUAGCAGGGAAGAAAAUUGUUUCCCAGUUUCCCUGGCCCGUGCCCAGGCUCUGUUUAAUUUACCAAUACAGACACAGACUGCAUGCAUCUGUUAAACUCAGGACAUCUGAACUAAGCCUGGGGUCUGGAAGGCUUUAAAUCAAGUCACAUGUUUUAGGAAGGCUAGUUGAACUUUCCCUGAAAAUAAGGUUUGCCUGUGAAAGCAAAAUCAAUCUUUACUGUAGAAGAAAAACCAAAUUCCUUGCACAGCCUCUUUGCAUAAUUUUUGUUGCUGUUUUUUCUCAGAAAGCUUUUGUGCAGCUUUGCAGCUUUUCCAGGCAUAAUCACGAGCAGGUACAAACCUAUAUGGCUGUCAGAUUUGAGAAAUUAAAAAUUUGAGCUAUUCUAAAUAAUACUCAUAACUGUGAGCAGUUUUUAAACAAGGCACAAGCUGAAAUCCCUUUAGCACAACGUGCCUUGAUUAUUUCAAGACUCUCAACGUAUUUGUGACUAUUACAGGCAGUUCAAACACUUUUUGCAAGCAGACAAAGGACUCCAUUUGCCAAAUUCCUCUUGGGUUGCAGACUUCUGGUCCAAGCUGAGGUCAAAGAGUGUGACAUCCCUGGCUCUGAGUACCUUCAGGGUUCAUGGUUUGUGUUUACCAGCACCAUUUACCAAACACCACCCUGGCAAUCCCCUGCAGUGUUCCAGAUGAGGUAACUUUGCUGGCAUUGCCACACUGGUACUUUACAGGAUGCUGUUCUCUCCCUUCUAGACCAGUUUAGCUGUAUGAAUUCCUUGGAUACUCUCUUGUUAUCUGUGCCUGUUCCUCUGGUUUUAGACUGUCUCAUUUUAUGUUUUUAGCCUCCAGCAUGUCCUCCUGUGCUGUAACUUUGUAUUGUGUUAUGGUAGCCAAAAAUCUGGUCCUCCAUGGGCGUUCCUGAGAAAAUAUCCUGGAAUAUUUUUUUUGUCACUCCUUUUUUUGUUAGAUAUGCUUUUUCCAGUCUUCUGCUGGCAGCAUUUAGCUGCAAGUUGCUAUUCUUAGGAAUGCUUUCAGGCUGUAGUAUCCCAGUAAAGAAGUAAUUCUCUGGAGACUCAGUGAUACACAUAGAUGUGAUAAUAAUUUUUUCUCUCCCUAGCUCAUAAAUUAACUGAUGAUCUCUCUUUUGUCACUGCUUUGGGACAGAAGCAUUUAAAAUCCAUCCCAAUUAUGUCUUCAUCUACUGCAGAGAUUUUUAAUGUAGUCUCAGGUUGGCUUUUUUUCUCUUUAAAUGGAGAUAAAUUCUAACAGGCUGGUACAAAACACAUUCCCAGGUUAAUGGGCUGAGCAUGCAGCUGCUGUUGUGUUGAGCAGCACUUUGUGAAGCUCUGGAGGCUUCACUUGGAGGAAUAAUAAGGCCAGCAAGAUUCUGAAGGCUUCAAAUGCUCAAUUUUCAAAUCCUCAUUUUUAUAGCCAUAUAUAAAGAGCCAUAAACUCUUUGAAGUCAAUGCCACUAUUGCCACUUGAACCAGUCACAGCCUGGCUAAAAGUUGUGUAAGAGGCUCAAGGUUUCUAAAAGUCACUUGAAAACUGAAUGUAUGAUUUUGGUUGGGAUUGCAGGAAGACUUUAGUGUCCUGUUGGCCUCCUUGUUCUGUUUUCACUUGUUUUGAGAUGUUGCUUUGGUUACAGUGUGCAUUAGUUAAGACUUUAGCUCCUUCACACUUCUUUUGUUGUUUUUCUUCAUGGAAACUUGCAUAUGAUCUGAAAAACCCUGAAGGUUUUUAAAAAUAACUUGAAGCAUUAUUAUUUACAAAUAAAUAAAAGAUUUGUAAAGCAGAUUCUACGCUUAAGAAAUUGAGAAGGUUCCAUUGUUACAGGUCAAAGGGAGUGGAAGGAGGCUGAUGCUGAAAUCCUCUUCAGCUCUUAGAAUUUAGAGCACAAAGUACCUAUUUUAAUUAAAAGAGAGGAAUAUGUGCACAUGUAACAGGGUGAGCUGGUUAUGUAAGUGGGAGAUAAUGAACUGGAGUCCAAGAACUGGAUGUCUCAGGUGAUUGACAGCUCUAUCCACACUUCUGUGUCAAACUCUGUGUUCUCAGCAGAAAGGAAUGUUUUAUUAAACACUUGUUCCUGUAAGGAAGUGUGGCACAUCCUGACCUGUGCCACCUCAGUGAUCCUCACAGAGGGCAUCCUGCCUGACCUGGUUACACAGUGCUGGGUGGAUUUUGGGGUUCUAAGAACUGGAGAAGGCCAGCAAAGCAGAAAUCCUGGUGGGAGUCUGUUACAGACCUCCCAUCCAGGAUGAGGAGGCAGGUGAAAUGUUCCAUGGGAAGUCUUGUCACCAAUGCCCCUUUUCCUGUGGGAGACUUUAACUUGCCAAAUGUCUGCUUGAAAUACAGCAGAGCAGAGAGGAAACAGUCCAGGAGGUUCCUGGGCUGUGUGGGAGGUAAUUCCUGACACAGCUGGUGAGGGAACCAGGCAGUGGUGAUGCCCCUCUGGACCUGUUGGUGAGCAGAGAAGGGCUGCUGGGGUUUGGGGUAGCUGGAGAUCCUCUUGGGCACUGUGAACAUGAAGUGAGAGGGUUUGGUUCUUGGGGAGAUGAGGGGUGGCAGCAGAAUUGCCCCCUUGGACUUCUGGAGGGCAGACUGUGCCUGAGAGCUGGGCUGGCAGAGUCCCUUGGCUGGGGAUCCUGGAGAAGGAAACCCUAAAGGCACAGCAGGAGCAGGCCAUCCAUCCCCAUGUGCCCAAGGAGGAGCCAGAGGAGGAGAAGGACUGGCCUGGCUGAGCAGAGAGCUUUGGCUGGAACUCAGGGAACAAAACAGGGUGUGUGACCUUUGGGAGAUAGGGCAGGCAGCCCAGCAGGACUGCAGGGACACUGUGAGGUUAUUCAAGGAGAAAUCAGAAGGGCCAAAGCCCAACUAGAACUUAAUCUGGCUACUGCUGCAAAAGACAAUAAAACAUUUCUGCAGAUACAGCACUGAGGAGAGUCUCCAUCCUUCCUUGGAUGCCAUCCUUUAUUUCCUACCAGAACAGCCCCAUAGGGUGCAGUGCUCAGGAAUUUCUGUGUGCACAUCCAUUUAUGAUGUACGAUCAUGUGAAAAGCUGUUGGGAACUUGAAGUAGGCAGAAAAUGACACCGUGUCAUGUCCUCUGUGACAGCCUGUGACAGGCUGAUCACUGCAGUGCCACCCAGCACUGGUGAGUGCAUUAAUUAAGUGCUGAGUGCCACUGGAGUUAAUCAGGAGCUCUGCCAUUUGUGAGCAGGGGCAGUGGCAUUUUCAGGGAUCGGCCCCUGCUGCCCUCCUCUUAAAUUCCUGCUCCCAAAAUACACAAAGGGGUUGUUGUGGUGUAUCCCACUGAGUGAUUUUUGUCAGCCCACGUAUCACUCUUCAUAUUACAUGUCUAAAAGUUUCAGGUUUGAGCCUGCAAACGCAGCAAGUUUCAUUUUAAUUCUGUUUAAUGCUUUAUUUCUGUUUCUGUACAUAUUUCACGUAGAGUUUCUGAAGGAGUAAUUGUACUGUAGAGCACAAAAUUUAGCUUCAGUCUUUUUGUUAUUUUGAAAUCUUACGACAAAUGAUAAUUUUAUGCAGUUGUCAGCCGUAGAACCUUUCUUUAAGAGAUUUAGGUUUCUGUGGAGACCUGUAAAACAAAGGGUGACCAGCCAGGAUGUGUCUCUUGUGGCACAAAACGUGGCUCAGCCUGCAUUCUCUGCACUGGUUGUGCCUUCAGGACACAUCCAGCUUUUGCUGGUUCUUUUUUGGGUUUUUUUUUUGUUUUUUUCUUUUUUUUUUUCUUUCUUUUUUUUUCCUGGAGGCUCCCAUGCAGCUCAGCCCAUGCCUAUCAAUUGUUUGUGUCCCUUUAUUCUGGAUAUUCAUGUCUCCUGUCCAUGUGGGGUGUGGGAAUGAGCUGCCUGGGAAGAGUGCAGGAUGGAGGGAUGGCUUUGAGGCUACUUUGAGCUACCAAAACCCCAAUGUGCUGGAUCUCUGGGUGUGCUUUACUCAAAAAAAAUUCAAAAAUGUCUUUUUCAGCAGAUUGCAAGGCAACAUGGAAGCUUCUGCUUUUAAAGGUUGAUGUGUUUUUCUACUUCAGUGGCAUCUGUGAUGUCUCUUUUUCUGACCCUGUUGUAGCUUAUUUUAGUGGCCCAUUUAGGGUAAUCAUUAUACAAACUCCUUUCUGUUACUUCCAGAAACAAACUUUCCUGGCCUCAGUGAUAAUAAUUAUACCAACCUUUCCAAAUGUGAAUUAGUUGUUGAGCUAUUUUUAAAAAAAAUAUGGAAAAAAUCCUCUUAAAUUAUGGCAAAAGCAAAUUAAAUUUGAGACAAUUACACUGAUAUAUCUUAAAAGAAAAAGAUAACAAGUCCUACAGUGGGGCCAAGCCUUUACCUGUGUCAGUAAAGAUUUAUCAAAUACCUUUUCUGAGUCAGUUGACCUUAUUGUGAGAUCCUGCCCUUGAACCUGUUACUGAAUUAUUUAACAUUUGGUUCUUUUGUUUUUCAAAGCAAGAGUCAAUGCAAGGUAUGAUUUUAAAUCAGCGUGCUGAAGUGUGCAUAUUCUGAAUAUCUAAUAUGUCAUUGUUGUCUCUUGUUUCUGUAAUGCAUUUGCAUUACUAUGAAUCAAUUUUAUUCUGCUUCUCUAGAGACUAUUGCUGCCUGCACGCUGUGAUAUAUUUGCACUGUUGUAGAUAUAUAUAUACAAAUAAUGUAAUUAUAUUAUACAAACCAUGUCUUUUUCAGGUUGCUUGUUACCUUUGUAGUUUAUGCUUCCUGGUACAGUGGACCUGAGUAAAAAUGUGGGAUGUGGGGCAUUCUGAUGAUAUAUUACAGUAAUAGAGAAAUCUUUGUAUAUUUCUGUAUACUUAAUACCUGUAAGAAGAGAUUUGUAUGUGCAUUAUUUUCCAAACUUAGGGCUUUGUUUUCUGAGACUAGAGAACAUUUAUGAUAAUGUAACACACACAGACACACACACAAAAAAAAAAUCAAAUAAAGUGUUAUUAUUUUCA